CGUCGCGCAAGUGGAUUAGGCAUUGUAUAGAGCUUAUUCUUUCAACCAGUCUCUCACUCAACACUAUGAGCUCAAAGGAAGUAAACAUUGUGUGUGCAUGAAACUGUGAAUAUUGAAAUCUCCAGAAUGGCGUUCAGGAAUGAAAAUACAAAACCAUGGCAAAAGGGCACCCGGCCUUCUCUCGGAAAAGAACAUCAGCAUAAGUUGAUCCAAAAAAUGGGUGACACUAAAGACGUGUUUCGAAAUGUCAGCCAGAAGCCCGGUCUGCAGAUAUGGACCAUUAAUAACAUGGAAAUGGUCCCUGUUCCUCCUCAGGCACACGGUAACUUCUUCGAGGGAGACUGUUACAUCGUUUUAAAUAUAAGCAAGGGCCAGGGCCAGAACUCGGACAUUCAUUACUGGAUAGGGAACUCUUCCUCUCAGGACGAACAGGGUGCAGCGGCCAUCUACGUGACCCAGCUGGACGAACAUCUGGGGGGCAGUCCCGUGCAGCACAGGGAGGUCCAGAGAUAUGAGUCGGCCCGAUUCAAGAGCUACUUCAAAAACGGCCUCAUAUAUAAAAAGGGGGGCGUGGCUUCGGGCUUUAACCAUGUUGAACCCAACUCAUACAAUGUCCUGCGCUUGCUGCACGUCAAAGGGAAGAAACAUGUCACUGCAUCUGAGGUGGAGGUGUCAUGGAACAGCUUCAACAAUGGAGACAUAUUCCUUUUGGACAUGGGCAAAGCCAUAGUGCAGUGGAACGGUCCCAAGAGCAACAGAGGAGAGAAGCUCAAGGCUGUCUUGUUGGCCCAGGACAUCCGGGACAGGGAGCGGGGAGGCCGGGCUCAGAUUGGGGUGGUGGAGGGAGGAGACGAGGCAGGCUCUCCAGAACUGAUGAAGAUCAUGACCUCUGUGCUUGGACAAAGAAAGGGAGGUCUGAAGAGCGCCAUACCUGACGACCAGCCAGAUCAUGCACAGAAAAGCUUUGUACGACUCUACAAUGUUUUUGAAGAAAGUGGGAAUCUGGUCAUUCGAGAGGUGGCCACUCAGCCCCUCACUCAAAACCUGCUUCGUUCCACUGACUGCUACAUUGCAGACCAGAAUGGCUCUUGUGUGAUGGUGUGGAAAGGCAAACAAGCCUCACCUGUUGAGCGAGCGGAGUCUUUGAACAGAGCAAUGGGGUAUAUAAAAACCAAAAAUUACCCACCCAGCACCAGUCUGGAGGUGAUGAAUGAAGGAGGGGAAACUGCCAUGUUCAAGCACCUCUUUAAAUCCUGGAAAGACAAAGGGCAAACUCAGGGCCUGGGUACCACACACACUGUUGGCAAAAUUGCCAAAGUGGAACAGGUGAAGUUUGAUGUUAUGCAGCUGCAUGCACGUCCUGAUCUGGCAGCACAGCAACGCAUGGUUGAUGAUGCUUCAGGGGAAGUGAAGAUAUGGAGAAUUGAGGACUUGGAGCUCGCCGAGGUUGAUCCAAGCACAUAUGGACAGUUCUAUGGAGGAGACUGUUACUUGGUGCUUUACACAUAUAUGAGAGCCAACAAACCGCAGUAUAUCCUUUACAUGUGGCAGGGUCGCCAUGCUACCAAAGAUGAGAUCACAGCAAGUGCUUAUCAAGCAGUUAACAUUGAUAAUAAAUACAACGGUGCUCCAGUGCAGGUCAGAGUGACCAUGGGGAAGGAACCUCGGCAUUUCCUGGCUAUUUUUAAAGGCAAACUCAUCAUUUUUGAGGGGGGAACGGGUCGGGCAGGUGUGACAAAGCCUGAACCUGGGCCUAGACUCUUCCAAGUCAAAGGAACAAAUGAAUUCAACACCAAAGCCACUGAAGUCCAAGCAAAAGCAUCAUCCUUGAACUCCAAUGAUGUUUUCCUGCUAAAGACAGAGCGUGCGUGCUACCUGUGGUACGGAAAGGGCUGCAAUGGCGAUGAGCGCGAGAUGGGCAAAGCAGUGGCCGAUGUGCUGUCGAGACAGGACAAGCGGGUGGCAAUGGAGGGGCAGGAGCCAGCUGAAUUCUGGGUUGCUCUGGGAGGAAAAACUCCUUAUGCAAAUGACAAGAGUCUGCAGACACAGGAGCCCCAACAUAGCCCUAGACUUUUUGAAUGCUCCAAUCAGACGGGCCGCUUCAUGAUAACAGAGGUGGAUGACUUCACUCAGUGCGACCUGGAUGAAACGGAUGUCAUGUUGCUUGACACAUGGGAAGAAAUUUUCCUUUGGAUUGGAAACUUAGCCUAUGAGUAUGAGACCAAAGAGGCCUGGAACAGCGCUCGGGAGUACUUAAGGACCCACCCUGCAGGUCGUGACCCGGACACACCCAUAUGCUUCGUCAAACAGGGACGUGAGCCUCUUACGUUCACCGGGUGGUUCAACGCAUGGGACCCUCAAAUGUGGAGUGGAGGAAGUACCUAUGAGCAGAUGAAAAAUAAGUUCAGUGAUGAGACUUCAGUAUCCCAGAUUGCUUUAGAUUUGAGCAUCACUAACCUAAACAAGGGUCCUAGUGAGGGUGGGUACAGGGCUCCGGGCGGCCCUGUCACCUCCCCUCAAGGAAACAGACUGCUCGGGGGAAACAAGUCUUCUCCCACCAGCCCCACGUCCCAUAGGUCCUCCAGUACCUCCUCCUCAUCCUUUACAUCCAGUGGAAGCGGAGAGUUCUUUGUAGACCCCCAAUUACUCAUCAACAAGCCUGCUGAGGAGCUGCCCUCUGGAGUGGACCCCAGCCUGAGAGAGGAGUACCUUUCUGAUGCGGAUUUUGAGAGUGUACUUGGGACAACCCGUGCAGACUUCCAGCGGCUGCCAAAAUGGAGGCAAAAUGACAUGAAGAAAAAGGCGGGACUCUUCUAAGAAAACCGAUAUUACAGGUUAUGUCUCGUAACCUUGUCAAACCGAUUCUACCGCAAUACCAAAAAGUAACCCAGUAUUUAUCAUUUCUUGGAACACAGGGAAAGCUAUUGAAGAGUAGCCUGAAUUCUAAUACUGCUUACAAUUACCAAGUGCCUAACUACUGUAUCAUUUAUUUUUUCAUAUCAGUGAAAUCAAAGUGCUCUGCACAUAUGGACUGCAUUAUAUUUUAUUUGGAUUGUUAUUAUACGGUGAUUGUUUUCUGCAUGAUAUUUAAUUAUAAAUUAUUAUAAAAUAAAUA